GCUGCAUCUCCGUCCCUAUCCCCGUGCAUCACCAUCAACAUCCGUUAUCCCAUUCCCAUCUGCAUCCCUGUUUCCCAUCCCCAUCCCAUUCUUUCCCUAUUCCCAUCCCCAUCUGCAUCCACAUCCGUGAUCCCAUCCCCACCUGCAUCCCCGUCUCCAUCCACAUCUACGUCCGUGACCAUAUCCCCAUCUGCACCCCUGUUCCCAAUCCCAUCCCAGGCUCCGUUCCCAGCACGGCUGUGCUGCCCUGGGGUCACCACCCUGUUGUCCCCACUCCCUGCAGCCUGGGCAGCCUGAGGGGGCUUCUCCCGGCCAUUGCAUCAUCCCAGGGAAGGGGGGUCCAGGGGCAGAGGGACAUCAGCAGGCCCAGCACACACUGCCACCAGCCUGGUGCCACUUGCCCUGGUCACAAAGGGUCUGGGGCUGGCCCCAGGGAGGGCUGCCUGUGCUGUGUGUGCUGGCAGAAGCUGGCAGAGAGGAGCAGUGGACGUGCAGCUUGGAGUCACCAAACUGAUGCCUAAGCAGUUUUGCCCAUCUCCUAAGGUCGGGGUUCCAUGCUGAUCAGCAACCACAAACCAGUGGAGGAUAUUUUAGGUUAUUUGUUAGGAAAUCUCAGUAACUAGCAGCGCAGGAUAAACCACAGAGCACCAUGGCAACCCGCUCAGGAAAAUGCUAAUAACGGGGACAUAAGGUGGGUGAUUAACCUAUCAAAAGCAGAACCCUAGCAUUAAGUUGGGUGCAGAUCUAUGCAGAAAAAAAUGAAGCUUUCCCACCGUGAUCAGGAAAAAACCAGAGCAGCACAAGCAGAGACCCUGGCAGGGUCUCUGGGUGGGGGAAACAGAGGGUGGAACCUCUGGCUGCCCCUCUGCCCCCUGCCACUGUAUGGAGCAGCAGUGGGAUGAGGGGUUAUCAUGCUGCUCCCCUUUGCUUUGUGGGAGUGUGGCUGUGUUGUUUGGCUUGGCUUUGCCACCAGAGUUAUAAAUAAAAAUGUCUCUCCAAGAGUGCGUGACUCACGGUCCUCACCGCAAGGAUAACCUCUCUGCUGGGAAACCUGAUCUGAGGACAGAACUGCAGCAUGCAGGAAUCAAAGACAUUGCUUAAUUAAUGCACUUAGUCCAAACGGAGAACAGAUGAGCCCCUCACCCCACCUGGGUUGUGGGUGGGAUGCUGGGGAAUGCAUCUGAGCCCCUCUGGACCCCUGUUCUGUGUCAUCCCCAAGCUCCAGCUGCUGACAACCCAGCCCUCAACCUGCUCCAGGGCCUGGUGGUUUCCCUGGGGCAGCACUGGGGAGCUGUGGCAGUCGCUGACGUGGCCUCAAGCAGGCUCAGCUAUUUCUCCUGCCACCCUGCAUGGGGACAGCUUGUGGGUGCUGGUGUUGUCUCAACGUGAGGUGUCCCAGUGUGGCAGGCUGUGUCAGCCCUGUGCCUGGGCACAGCAUCCUCCCAGGCUGGGACCCCUGCCCCACGGGGAGAGGGAUGCCCGGUGCCCCAGUGUCCCAGCCCAGGGGGACCUGGUUUAUCCCGGGGGUAGGCGACGGCGGGGCGACAGCUGGCUGGAGGAUUUGCCGAGGGCAUUAUUUAAUGCUGUGGGUAAAUGGAGGAACAGCAGCUAAUUCCGGAGCCCGUAAUCCUCUUCCUCCCCCGGGGCUGGGGAGCGUGCCAGUCACGCAGCUGCCGGCGGGUCCCGGGAAGGAGCCCCUGGCAGCUCCCCAGGCGGUGCUGCAGGCCAGAGCGACUCCCAGACCAUGGGUGAUGUGCAGAAGGGGCUGCUCUCCGUCAUCCAGAAGCUGAAGGGUUCCCCGGAGCAGGAGCUCCGCAUCGUCCUGCUGGGGCUGGAUAACGCGGGCAAGACGACGCUGCUGAAGCGCCUGGCGUCCGAGGAGGUCAGCACCAUCACCCCCACACAGGGAUUCAACAUCAAGAGUGUCCACUCCCACGGUUUGAAGCUGAAUGUUUGGGAUAUUGGGGGGCAGCGCUCCAUCCGCCCAUACUGGAAGAAGUAUCUGGGCAGCACAGACCUGCUGAUUUAUGUCAUUGACAGUGCUGACCAGAAGCGUUUCGAGGAGACAGGGCAGGAGCUGGCAGAGCUCACAGAGGACGAGUCCCUCACGGGGGUUCCGCUGCUGGUGUUUGCCAACAAGCAGGACCUGGUGACUGCAGCACCCGCAGCCGAAAUCGCAGAAGGGCUGAGCCUCCACACCUACCGGGACCGGGAAUGGCAGAUCCAGGCCUGCUCAGCCCUGUCUGGGGAAGGGGUGCAGGAUGGGAUGAACUGGAUUUCCAGCCAGAUCAUGAACAGGAAGAAGUGAGAGCUGCAAAGUGCCCGAUGGGACUGAGCUGCAGGUCCCUACGCCAUGGCCAAUCCCCCUGGUCCCUCGGCUCCCCCGGAGCCUCGGCUGGGCCCUGAGCCUCAGAUUGCCAUGUUCUGAUGAUUUUCCCGCACAGUCUUCCACUAAUCAAUUGGCUUUCCCUCUCCCUGCCUCCUGGGCUUCCACGGGUUCCUCACACCCCCUGACUCCCCUGCAGCCCCGGUGCUUUUGGAGGAAAGCACGUGUCCCACCGUGUUGAGGGCUUGCACACCUCCAGCACGAGAACCUGCCCAGGACUUGUCCACCCACGCUGCUGUCACACCCCGCAGGGGCUGCUGUGACCCCCACAGUGCCCCAGGCACACCGGGCACCCCGACACGGCGCUGGCUACACCUCUGUGUCCCCCCGUGCUCCCCCAGGAUGGGACUGGUGCUGUCCCGUGGCUCGGGACAGCCUCUGCUCAGCACCUCCCGCUGGCCAGAGGAGCCCCCAUGGGUGCAGAGGGCAGGCACCAAGACGGGACCAGUGACCCGGAGGGAUGUCCUUGCCCGGUGCCACCGCGGGGUCCCUGUACCCCUGUGACAAGCACUGUGUCCCAGCCGGGGCUGCUGUGGCCUGGGGGGCGGUGCCCAUCCGGAGGGCUGGGAGAUUCUGCUCCCGGGCCACCACGGCUGCCCUGGCGGAGGGAUGGGGGAGACCGGCGGGAGCGGCGCGGGGCUGCCCUGCGAGCCUCAAUAAAGCUGCUGUGAUGUCCACACUGCCUCGGCCUGUCCUUCCUGCUGUGCGGCCCG